AUGCUUCAAACAAUAAAUUCAAUACCAGAAUGCUCAAAACACACAAAGUGGUUCACGAAGAAUAUUAAUAUACGUCAGUUUCAACAAACUAAUAGAUCAACUAAAAUAAAUGCAUAUUUUUCAUACUGUACAUAUGUUGACACAUUUCUAUUGGAAAUUCUUUGUAACGAUUGUGUACUCCAUAUAAACGAUUUGAAUAACUGUGCAAAAUUGGCUGGAGUUAAAAGAAUUCCAGAAAAAUAUGAAGGGUUUGGAUUUGGUUUUGGUUCAAUCGGUGAUGUGGAACAAAUGUGUCGAACAAAAUGGCAUAUCAAAGUGUAUUCAUGUGCUCAGUUAACCAUUCUAAAUCGUUGCUCACCCGAAUCGACUUCUCAUUUUAGAAAUGUAAUGUGGCAAUUUAUUUUUGAUACAACACCUUAUGAAAAAGCAGCAAACUAUUUAUGUCAACAAUAUAAUCUACGUAUUUUCAGAUACCACCGCGAUAAAUGUCUUUCCGUAUAUGAGUCUCAAGUUGAAAACUGUUCCAAACAAUAUUCAAACCUUCUGUCUCAAACAUAUUUGCAGUUGGCUAAUAGUAAUCCAGUGAACUCACGCAAUGCCGAUGAAUAUGCCAAUUACAUGAAAUCAGUGUUACGUUCAACAUAUUGUACUGGAACUAUCACAAAAGUUAAUUGUAUCAAGAAAAUACUUGAAUAUCAUUGUUCUAGUGAUAUAAUUGAAUUAAUUCAAAAUUAUUUCAGAGAAACUUUACCAUAUGGAUGUGAACAAACAAUUAAUAUUUCUAAACAUUUAAUAUCAAAUAUGAUCAAUAAAUCAAAUCAAACUGAUUACAUUAUAAAUGAUUAUCAUAAUAUUUACAUAGAAACUAAUUUAAAUCCAAUCAAAUUGAAUGAAAUCAAUAAAAGUUCACAAAAUUCUUUAUAUCAUCAACAAAAAGAUAUAAAAAAUACAAAACGUAGUAACUAUGCAAAUAUGAAUUCAAAUUCAAUUUUAUUAAAAACAACUACAAAAAAGAUAAACAAUCUUUGUAAUAAAUUGUAUAUUAAUAUUAUCAUCAUAUAUAUUUCAUUACUAUUUACAGUUUUAAAGUAUGAAUUUUGA